CUGUGUGAAGUGACAUCUGGAUUCUGUUCUUUCAGGUCAAAGAAAACAAUUAUCGGGGACAUGGGGAUAGCGUGGACCAGCUUUGUUGGCAUCCAAGUAAUCCUGACCUCUUUGUCACUGCAUCCGGAGAUAAAACCAUUCGCAUCUGGGACGUGAGGACUACAAAAUGCAUUGCCACCGUGAAUACUAAAGGGGAGAACAUUAAUAUCUGCUGGAGUCCCGAUGGGCAGACCAUUGCUGUAGGCAAUAAGGAUGAUGUGGUGACCUUUAUUGAUGCCAAGACUCACCGCUCCAAGGCAGAAGAGCAGUUCAAGUUUGAGGUCAACGAAAUCUCCUGGAACAAUGACAAUAACAUGUUCUUCCUGACAAAUGGCAACGGCUGUAUCAACAUCCUCAGCUACCCAGAACUGAAGCCCGUGCAGUCCAUCAAUGCCCAUCCUUCCAAUUGCAUCUGUAUCAAAUUUGACCCCACGGGGAAGUACUUUGCUACAGGAAGUGCAGAUGCUUUGGUCAGCCUUUGGGAUGUGGAUGAAUUAGUGUGUGUUCGGUGCUUUUCCAGACUCGAUUGGCCUGUGAGGACCCUCAGUUUUAGCCAUGAUGGGAAAAUGCUGGCAUCGGCAUCAGAAGAUCAUUUUAUCGACAUAGCUGAAGUAGAGACAGGAGACAAGCUGUGGGAGGUGCAGUGUGAGUCCCCGACCUUCACCGUGGCCUGGCACCCCAAAAGGCCCCUGCUGGCAUUUGCCUGUGAUGACAAAGAUGGCAAAUACGACAGCAGUCGGGAAGCUGGAACUGUGAAGCUGUUUGGGCUUCCUAAUGACUCCUAAGAGGCUGGAAGGAGAGGAUACCUGGCAGAGGUCUUCCUUUGUGUAGCUGGUCUGUUCUCUCGUAGCUGGUGAGCACUCUACAUGUCUGUAUGGUGUAAAUUACCAAAGUAUUUGGUCAGGCUGUGCAUUCCAGUUCCCUUUGUUUUUCUGUGUUAGCUGUUUCCAUUCUUUCUCCAGCAUUAGUUAGCUGUCGACUCUGCAGCACGGGUAAUGACCUUGACAUCCCUUGUCUUCUGGGGCCUACUUCUCUGUUUUGUGGUGGAGUGGUGGACUUUGUUGAGCUUGAUGUUACUUGGAUACUCACUGUCUCGUUUGGAGGAGGGUCAAAGGAUGCUGGGUGAGAAUGGGGUUUUUUUAAAAGAUAUUUUAAAAAUACAUGUAUAAUUUUGAGAAUUGAGCAUUCAAUAAAACUGACUUUUAAAUGAUGGGACUUCCUCGA